AUGGAUUACAUCCAGAGCGCAUUCUACGCCGCCACGGGCUGGAACCGCGACAACUCGUACUCGUCCCUCAAUGCGACCGCCGAUGCGCUGCUCAACUUCCCGACACCGCGCGGCCUGCGCCUGACCCUGGGCUCGCUGGCGACGCCCCAGUUCGCGACGGCCUACCAGCUCGGCACCGUCGGCGUCGUCGAUGGCUCCGUCUCCUACCUGUACUCGUCCGUCUCGCUCCAGAACGCCAUAGCCCAGAGCGACAAGAUACCUCUGCCCGACCUGCUGAGGAGCUACAAGCCGCUCGCGGAACUGUCGAGGGGAUCUACGGGCAGUGGCAGCUGGAUCCAGGGCUGGGAUCGCAUAGAGAAGGAUACACUGGCCUACGGCAGGCUCUACCUACCGCAAUCUAUGCUGGAGGCGCUGGUAGUCAAGAGGUUCACCCCCGAGCUCCAGCUCCAAGUCAGCGCCGUGUCUGACCAAGUGCUACGAAACGGCGGUACCGUCUUGGGCAUGGUCCAGUAUGACGUGGGCAAAUACGGCGUGGAAGGGCUGGCGUCCUCGGAUGGAGGUCUAAUGGGUGUGCGCGGGUUAUACAACUUCGGCGGCGACGUCAACAAGAUUCGCCCUUCCGUUGCGACGACCGAUGAGAAUGGGGCCUCGAACGGCAAUGGCAACGGUAACGGCGAACGAGAGGGUAUAUAUGGACGCUUCAGCACCGGCGCGGAACUAUACUACGGCACGCUGAAUAAAUCCGGAGGCAUGAGCGUGGGUAUGCGAUUCGCGACUCUGCCCACAUACACGGGCACGCCACUCACAGCGACCAUGACCAUCAAUCCGCUGAUGGGCAACAUCAGUUGGAGUUACGCGGUUCUGGCCGGAAAGCACUGCUCCCUUGCCAGCAGGAUGGACUUCAAUGUCUACAGCUACGAGAGCGACUGGACGAUCGGAAUGGAACUCUGGAGGAAGAAGGGGUCAUGGACCGUUUCCAGGGAAGAGACCAUUCUAGAACCUGCUCCCACGACUUCGACCCGGAUGGCCAGAAGUUUUCAGGCCAAGCUGGAAUGGAGAUUAGACGACCCGCUUCCAGUAUUGGAAGCACCUCAGGUGUUACCACCAGCGCCCGCAAUAGUCACAGAGCCGGCAGAGCCUAUCGAAAAGAAGAAGAAAGACCGGAGCUUUAGAGCUAAAAUGGAAUGGAGACUAGACGAACCCGAGGACGAGCUCAUUGCCCAGACCGGGAGUGACGACGAGGAAUAUUCCGGGGUCUUGAAGGCCCGAUUGGACCAGCAUAUGAAAAUCGGCCUCCUCUGGGAAGGGAGGGUCAAAUCGUUGCUGUUCAGCUUGGGAAGCGGCAUCGACUUGCGUCGGCUAGACUCCCCGUUCCGAAGUCUGGGUCUCGAGGUCCAAUUCUCCUCAUGA